AUGUCCAUGGCCGAAGGCAUGGCGGUGGGGGUAUGCAGGGUCGAUGACGAAGAAGGGAGUGGGGAGGCAGAGGUCGAGGCCGAGCCCCGUGGCGACGGCGGCGGAGGAGGCAACCCAGGCCCCUCUGGAAUAGGUUACCUAAUCAGAGAUCAAUCAAGAGCAAUCAUAGGGAAAAUGGCAAAGCUAAUUCCACCAGACACCAAUAAUAUAGCAGAAUUCACAGCUCUGCAACUUUGUUUGAUAGACUGCAUCGACCAUAGCUUAAAAAAUGUUUCAGUGGAAGGAGACUCGGAGAUAGCAGUGAAUGCAAUAAGAAAGAAAAAAACUCCAAACUGGAGACUUCAAGCAAUCUUAGAGAAAAUAUUAGAAAAAUUGACUAGAAUUGAGCAUUAUGAAGCUAAACAUAUCUACAGGGAAGCUAAUGCAGUGGCAGAUGCCUUAUCAAAAAUAGCAGCUCAAGGAACUUUCAUUCAUUGGUGGGAUCAGAGUUAUUAG